AUGACCCUGGUGAUAAAAGUUUAUGCACCGCUAACCACCAGCUUUUCAGCCCUAUCCCAUCCUCACGAUGACGAAGAUGAGCGCGAGCCCUACUCACGCAUGAGGCAUGCAACGGCAGAUUUUACCGAAGCCGACGACGAUGAUGAUUCCAACGACGGGCUUGGGCCCAACGAGGAUCCGCCCAGGAGGCGUGACUCGGGCACUGUUCUUCCUCUGUUCUCCGAAUCCCAUCUCGACUCCUUACCGGUCUACAGCAUAACGCAUGCUAUCCGAAUUAUUGUCCAGACCCGCACUGAGACAACAUUGACAUGGGAUCAGCUGCGCUCUCCGCAGGUGUCUCAGUUUCUUGUCAAACCCAUGCAGGUGCAGAUCCGCCAGCAGCACUUUUCGAGAGCUACCAUCUACGCCCUCAUGGCCAACUGCCUACAGUUCUCCAAAGAGGGUCAGCUGAAUCCAGGAAACGCCGGCGCCAGCAGCACGAGAGCCAAAGUCUGCGAGUUGUUGGCCAUCAAGAUAUUAAAGGAGUACAGUACCCGAGAGCUCAUCGACGCGCUCUCAUACGACUUCUACCCACUACAAGGUCUGCCGGGCGUACAGACGCCUGUCACACCUCGGGAGGGAAAGGCAAAGCAGGCCGCGGCAAGGACGUCCACCCUCGAGGUUGCUAUACGUGCCUCCGCCAAGCAUUUUCUUGCGCAUCCCCUUGUCGUGCAGCAGCUGGAGGCCAUCUGGAACGGUGCCAUCAGUUUCUAUUCCUCGGCGGAUAACCUGCAUCGUCCUCAUGUUCGUGCCUCGCUACCAAGUUCCAAUGGACACAGCCCCGUCCGCGGCCGCAACGGCAACGAGAGGACGCCUCUACUUCACUUUCAGAAGGGAUACGAGCGGAACAGAGGGACUCCUACUCAGCCUGCACGGCGUACGGUCACCCUGUACGAUCCACGCAACGCUUCCAUGUUCAAACUGUCUCGGCUCCGAGUUCCACGGUACAGACAGUUCUUCUCCACUUGCUCACUCGCCAUCCUCAUAGGCCUAUUCCUGGCUGUUCUCAUCGAGAGAUCUCACAGCAUCACCAGUCUGGAAUUGAUCUUCUGGCUCUGGAGUGCCGGAUUCAUGCUGGAUGAGCUAGUUGGCUUCACCGAGCAAGGCUUCUCGCUCUACAUAAUGUCUUUCUGGAACAUCUUCGAUCUGGGUAUCCUCGUAUUGCUGAUCAUCUACUACUGCAUGCGGAUAUAUACGGUAUUCUUGGUGGGCUCGUCCACAGGCGUCGACGCUUACGACAUCUUGGCCGCAAAUGCUGUCCUCUUGCUGCCGCGAAUCUUCUCUGUCCUUGAUCACUACCCUUACUUUUCUCAGAUCAUCCUCGCAAUGAAGAUCAUGAGUGUGGAUCUGGCAGCAGUGUUUAUCUUGAUCUUCAUCUCUUGCAGCGGAUUCUUCGUCUUCUUUCUUGCCAACACCAAAUCGGACGCUGCUGAGGUGGCGUUCAAGAUCUUCCAGUUGUUGAUGGGCUUUACGCCUGCCGCCUGGGACGUCUGGCCUGAGUACUCAUGGCUCGACAAGGCACUGAUGGUGUUGUUUCUUAUCAUUUGCCACUUUGUCGUCGUAACGGUCCUCAUCACAGUCCUCACCAACUCGUUCAUGUCCAUUGCCUCGAAUGCGAAGGAGGAACAUCAAUUUCUGUUUGCGAUCAACACGAUUGCUCUGGUCAAGGAUCAGUCUUUGUUCUCGUAUGUUGCUCCUGGCAACAUAUUCGCGUGGGUCUUGAUGCCGCUUCGCUACUGCAUGCCGCUACGCCAUUUUGUCUGGCUCAAUCGCACCAUCAUCAAAAUCACACACUUCCCGCUGUUGCUUUUGAUAUUUCUAUACGAGAAAAGGAUUCUGGCCCCGUCCAUGUAUGAGCCAACGGAUUUUGUGGACAACCCUAGCAUGGGUCGACCGAGAGCCGUAUCGAUCAAUCCAGUAGGAAGACCGUCGCUGUUCUCACCUACGAUCCGCAUCCGGGAAGAGUCCGUGGCUGGCUUUCAACAAGACCGUGCACUCGAGGAGGUCUUCCGGCGCACGCCAGAUUUCGCAUCGUUACGGACGCAGAGAAUGAACGAACGCAGGAAAACACAGAACGCCAUUCGGAGCUGGAUGGACCACCACGAUGCCAUUCCAGAGUCCCCUAACCACCUCGCAACGUUGGACGGCCGAGCACAGCAGGAUUGGGCACGAAAGCUCAGUUUGGGAAGAGAAGGGCCCCCGCGGAGGCGACACAUCUCGGAAACCAGAUCUGUUGCAAGUGAUCCUGCAGACUUCGUCUCAAUUAGCGGGUUUCCGGCAGCCAAUGAGGGGGGGUAUUUUGAUAGUGUUGAUCGCAGAGAUCAUGCAGAACAGACCAUUUUGAAGGAUCAAGAUGCUGAUGAUGAGCUGGUCACGAACGAUGAAGACGAGGAUGAAGCCACGGCUCCCAGUCGACAUAGCCAGUCAAGAUCUCGCGCGGAUGACUUGGAAGACUACUUCAGGACGCCGAUCGCAACUCGAUUCAACGACAUCAUGAUACCGACCUCCCUCGAUACCUCGCAUCGGUCGCCAAUGCGUCAGCAGCAGUCUCAACCACCGAAACGCGCAGGCUUACAUAGCCGUACCCUUUCCACGAAUACAAUCCUCUACAAUCCACCGACCAUAUCCCGUCGACUCCUUGACAACGACAAUGACGAUGGAGAGACCUCGCCCGGGGCUGCGCAGGGCAGGAGCAGGCCUCGGAUGAUCAACACUCGGACGGCACCAUUGGAUAGUCCAGCGCAACGAUCACCGCGGCGCACUUCUUUCCUUGAAAAUCCUCGCCCUCGCCCCAACAUACCGCCUCGAGAAGCCAUGCAUACGACAGGCAACAUCCAGCGCCUCGGAAAGGGACUAACAAUUGAACCUAACGGUCCACGGCGCGGCAAGGCCCGCCGCAUGUCCUCGUCCGAUCUGCUCGAGGUUCACUCCGACCUGGCCGGCAUGGCGGACCAUGAUGCCUUUAAUGGCGUGUCUUCCAGCUUCGUGACACAGAUGGCAAUGGCAACUGGGAUGAUCACGCCAGGUGCACACCGGCCCAGUGAGAAGGCCCAACGGGAGCGUGACAACGAUCGCGACCGGAUGAGUCGUCUGGUGUUGGCACGGAUGAAGACGCUCGAGGAAGGCUUCGCAGACGUCGUCAAGGAGAUGCGAGGGUUUCAGAGAUCCUCGGCCAUGCCCUCCACGGCUCACACAUCUGCUUCUGAAGGAACGGGAUCCAUAAGCUGGCAUGGCGAAGGCGAGGAGAGGAUACGACCACUCACGACCCUGAACAUGGAAAGACCGGGCGGAGGCUCCCCUGGAAAAGCUUCCAAGACGAGUUCAACGACAAAAGCUAGCAGUGUGAUAUUGCGGUCGCCUGUUGGUUCCCAGGGAGGUGGGUCGAAGGGCAAGGGGAAGCUGGUCGAGACAAGCGGAGAAGAGGACUAUGACGGGUGGGACGACGACAGGUCUGCGAGGAACAAGACAGCAUGGCGGCAGGAUUGAAGGCAACAGAAGGAGCAGGCUGGGCUGGUUGAGAUGUCUGGGGCUAACACGAGUUUAUAUCGGCUGAAUCUGGUCGCGGUUGCAUGCCAUAUGCUACGUACAAUAUCUUACUGCUGCUCGAACAGUGGGCAUCAAAGGAAAUGGGAAUAAUUUUGAAUGC